CGCGCUGCUGCUGCGGACUGACAAUGUUUCUGAACCACCACGACGACCGACACAACUAACAGCAGAGCAACCAACCAACCUGCACCUCGACGUGGUGCACGCAGACAAACGCAGAGCACCACCAUGGAGAAGAACAACGACCGCACCAGCACCAGCACCAGCACCAGCACCGGCACCGGCACCGGCAACAGCGGCAAUGGGGCCGGAAGAGGUGGAGGGGAGGUUGUGACGAAGCGAGCAAAGCUGAGUGUAAAGAGCGCCUUGGUCAGUGGUGUCACAAGCCCAAGCUCGCUCCGCAACUGCAACCACACCAGCAGCAACAACAGUGACAGCAACGGCAACAACAGCAACAGCAACAACAGUGACAGGGAACGCGACCCGGCGCCAGGCACAGCAGUAACAGUCGCAGCAACGGUGGUGACUGCAACAGUAGAGUCCAUAGAGCGUGUGGAGGAGAAGAAGGUGGAGGCGGAUGACGGCGGCGAAGGGCAACAGGACGAGCUGGAUGCCAUCUUCGAUGACAACGACGAUUUCGUCAUGCUGUCGCAGACAGACAACUCGCACCGCCGAACCCCGCUGCGCCACGAGGGCAGCAGCCGCACAGACUCCGCGCCCCGAGGUGACGACAGCCUGCGCGGGCCGUCCCGCAACACCAGCGUUGACAGCGAUGGGGAGCCCCUGGACGAGGUCGAGCUGCGCGCGCAACGCCGAAACAUCUUCUGCAACAUCCACGGCCACAUUGAGUUUGAGCCCGCGCUCGUGGACAUCAUCGACACGCCCGAGUUCCAGCGGCUGCGCGGUCUGCAGCAGCUUGGCGGCACCAGCUAUGUCUUCCCUGGCGCGUGCCACACGCGCUUCUCCCACUGCCUCGGCGUCUCCUACCUCGCCGGCGCCAUGAUCGACCACCUGCGCGCGCAGGAUGACAACGCCCUGGACAUCACCCACCGGGACAGGCUAUGCGUGAAGCUGGCCGGCCUGUGCCACGACCUGGGCCACGGCCCCUUCAGCCACACCUUUGAGAUGUUUGUCAACCGCGUGCGCAACGCCAAGGGCCAGCCGCUGUGGCACCACGAGGAUGCGUCGCUCAAGCUCUUUGAUAAGCUGCUCGUGGACAACAACAUCGACCUCGGCAUCUAUGACCUUCAACUCCCUGAAGACACCAACUUCAUCAAGCGCCUCAUUCAGGGCCUCUCCGAGGACGAGCCGUGGCCAACAGACAUCGGACGACCAGAGAGCAAGCGCUUUCUCUUUGACAUUGUCGCCAACAAGCGAAACGGCAUUGACGUCGACAAGCUUGACUACUUUAUGCGGGACUCUGUGAGCGCGCUUGGCGACCCGCCAAUCGGCUGUGACGUGCGGCGGCUCAUCAAAUCGUCGCGCGUGUGCACCGUCAACAACCACCCGGCCAUCUGCUUCGAGGAGAAGAUGGCGCUUGGCAUCCUGGAGCUGUUUCGCCUGCGGGCGUGGCUGCACAAGUACGUGUACCAGCACCACACGGGUAACCUCGUCGAAGAGAUGAUCAGCGAUGCGCUUACGGCUGCCAACGACAGCUUCUCGUCGCUCGGAGGCGUUGGUGGACAGACCGUCCAGUCCAUCAGCGACGCGGUGGAUGACAUGGACGCGUUCUCUCGUCUUGGCGAUUGGAUCCUGCAAGCCAUCGAGGCCUCGCCAGACCCCAAGCUGCACGACGCACGUGUCAUUCUCACGCGCCUGCGCCGCCGCCACUUGUAUGCGUCUGUGCUCUCCCCGCUUGAGCUUGUGGACCCGGUAUCGGAGGCAACCAUCCAGCGGGAAAUCCUCUCGUUUGUCGACGGCACGGAGGAGCAGAAGCAGGAGGCUGCACGUGCCAUUGUCGUGCACGUGGCAAACAUCGACUAUGGUGCGCGCGACGCAAACAAGAAGCCCAUCAACCCUUUGCAACGUGUGCACUUUUUCAACCCAAAGGUGGACCCCACGAUCGCUUACGGCAUUGACGAGAAGAAGUUCCCACCCCUCUUCCUGCCGCAGACGUUUGGGCAGCGGCUGCUCUAUGUGUACACGCGCAACGACGAGGUGCACGGUUGCCUGGAGCUUGCGUUUCAGCGAUGGAAGAAAAAAUACAUUCAGAAGGCGCAGGCCAAGCCUGGUGUGGACAGGGCCUCGUUGCUGACGCCGGUUGGCACGGGCAACCCGCAGUCGCCGCAGCACGCGCGCCACCGCCUCAUCCGCCAGAACUCGCGGCCACAGCCCGUCCCGUUCCGGGGUAUCAACCCCUAGCUGGCGCGUGGCGGCGCUGUUCGUGUCUGUGUAGGUGGUGGUGUCGCUGCUGUAGUCGUGGUUUGUCUUGAGUUGCUGUGCUUCGUGUUCUUUCGCUUCACCACAAGUAAUCAACACGUAACUGCCACAUAAUCGUGAGUGGGUUUGCGUGUGCGUAUGUCGUUUGUUGCCGAUGCUGUCGUCAUCGUUGCUGCUGUUGCUGCUCUGCUCGUUCUUGUUGGUUGUCUCAUGUCACUUCGUUCCCUCGUCCAAACCUGCAAGUGUAAGCAAAUGAAUAAGCAAACCUUGG